AUGGGGUCCAUCGCCCCCAGCUCCAAGAGGCUGCCAACCUUUGGUGCAUCUGCACAAUAUGCGUUUACCACGGGGUCCACUCCGACGGACCCGUACGUUUACCAAGUCGGCUUUGGGAAUCGGUUCUCCUCCGAGGCCAUCCCGGGAGCUCUCCCUCAGUCUUGCAAUGUCCCGCAGAGAGUCAAGUACAAUCUGUACUCCGAGCAGUUGAACGGCACCACCUUUGUUUCGCCGCGAGCGGGCAUUCAUCAUGCAUGGUUCUACCGCAUAUUUCCUUCUGUGGCCCAUGGAGACCUCAAGAAGAUGCCACGAAACGCAGAUAUCGAGUCCAGGUUUUCUUCCGGGAACGAGAAUGUCGACUUCGUCCCUGGUGGGCUUUGUUGGACAGCAUUUCCGGUCCCAAAGGCCACCGGCCCAACCGUGGAUUUUGUUCAGGGGCUCAAGACGAUAGUCGGUUACGGAGACCCGACGGCCAAGGAGGGAUUGGCUGUUCAUAUCUACGCCGCCAACGCAUCGAUGAAGAACCGUGCUUUUUGCAGCAAUGAUGGAGACAUGCUCUUUAUUCCCCAAGCUGGCAGACUGGAUAUUCAAACAGAAUUUGGAAGGAUGAUGGUACGACCUGGAGAGUUGGCCGUUGUCCAGGCUGGCAUCCGCUUCAAGGUUAACCUACCGGACGGGCCGGUCCGGGGCUAUAUACAAGAGGUUUUUGGAAGCCGGUACGAGCUACCGGAGCUGGGACCGCUUGGAAGCAACGGAAUGGCUCUGCCACGCGACUUCGAGUUUCCCGUCGCCUCCUUCGACAUGGACAAGUCGGAGUGGGAAAUCAUCUACAAGCUGGCUGGAAAACUGUGGUCAUGCAAGCAAAACCAUACGCCCUUCGAUGUUGUUGCCUGGGAUGGCAACUACGUACCAUUCAAGUACGCGGUCGAGAAGUUUGUCAACGCCGCCUUCGUCGAUAAAGACCAAGCCGACCCAAGCUUAUAUACUGUUCUGACGGUGAAGUCCAAGACGCCUGGGGUUCCUGCAACAGAUGUCAUGUUCUUCACACCCAAGUGGUCAUCGGCGACGAACACCUUUCGUCCCCCUUACUACCAUCGGAACAUGGCAACGGAGGUUGUGGGGAUAGUGUACGGUGACUACAAGGGCACGAGUCGUAACUUGCAGGCCGGUGGCUUGAGCUUCCAAUCAAGCUACACGCCUCAUGGAGAAACACACGAAGCGUUUGUUCAAGCAACGACCGGCGAGCUCAAGGCACAACGCCUGGGAGAAGGGUACCUUGGAUUCAUGUUCCAUAUCAGCGCACAUUGUGCAGUAACACAAUACGCUCUGGAAAGAAGCGGCGUGCUAGAAGUGCCGCCUGCAUCUCUGUGGGACUCGAUGCAAGGCCACUUUUUUGAAUAUGUGGAUGAGGUUAACGAGGAUCUGCGGAGACGGGGAUGGCCGUCUCUCAGAUCGGGGAACACUCCUUGA